ACACACCCAAACACGGCCAUGAUUAUCCAAAUCACCAUGAACGCUACGUACUAUAUGCAAAAAGAUAUCGCGCCAAAUCCCAGCCUUAGCAGCCUCCCAUACAUACGCCUUCUAUUACCUCACUACUCCGUUCCAUUAUUAUCACGGCCCCAGAAUGACAGUCUCACUGUUUCACCCCUCAGAGUCUACAGGGUUCCCACUGUCUGACGUAUAUUCGUGGCGUAUUCUCCCCAUGGCACAAAUGCAUACCUAUAUGCGUGUGUGUGUGUGUGUGUGUGUGUGUGUGUGUGUGUGUGUGUGUGUGCAACAUGUCCUGCUGCCAUGCAUAUUCAGUCUUUAUCUCGUUGCCCCGUGUUCCACACGUCAAUCCUCUACCACACUUGGCGACGGGCCGUGUUCUUGUUUUGACUCAACCCUGACCCUGGCGCCUUCUCCCGACAGGUCCGGAGUUUGGUUCCGACCUACACAUGUUCGCCCAGCGUUACAGCCGACAUGUUGUGUCCAUAUCAGAUCCAUCGAAGACAUCUAGAUUAUCUGGAUUAUCGCGAUCAUCUAGAUUUAUGUAUCGCGAUCAA